AUGGAAGACCGCAGUCGGUGCACAAAUGUCAAAAUUCUAGGAAUCUCAGAUAUAAUUGGGCCAACCGAAUUGCCACAGUAUCUGGAAAGGCUCACUGCGGUGCUCCUCCUGCAGGUCCAGGCUAAGAAGCUUGAAUUCAACAGCCAUUUUCGCAUAAACAAAGACAAACAGGCACCUCCAGCAGCCUCACGAGACGUCAUAGUCCAAUGCCACUCCAUGUCGGACAAACGCAGCAUUCUACCAGCUGUUAGCAGCAAGACCCCACUUGACUUUGAGUCAUGA